UCGGCCGCCGUAGUUUUUUUUUUUUUUUAAAGAAAAAACGGUUACCCAGCAACGAGAAAAACAACCGGAACCGGCGGCACCAGCUCGGAGAGAAAGGAGGUUCCAUAGGCAGUUCUUACCAAGAAGAUGUCGAUUCCAUUCUCCAACACCCACUACCGAAUUCCACAAGGAUUUGGGAAUCUUCUUGAAGGGCUGACACGCGAGAUUCUGAGAGAGCAACCGGACAAUAUACCAGCUUUUGCAGCAGCCUAUUUUGAGAGCCUUCUAGAGAAAAGAGAGAAAACCAACUUUGAUCCAGCAGAAUGGGGGAGUAAGGUAGAAGACCGCUUCUAUAACAAUCAUGCAUUCGAGGAGCAAGAACCACCUGAGAAAAGUGAUCCUAAACAAGAAGAGUCUCAGAUAUCUGGGAAGGAGGAAGAGACAUCAGUCACCAUCUUAGACUCUUCUGAGGAAGAUAAGGAAAAAGAAGAGGUUGCUGCUGUCAAAAUCCAAGCUGCCUUCCGGGGACACAUAGCCAGAGAGGAGGCAAAGAAAAUGAAAACAAAUAGUCUUCAAAAUGAGGAAAAAGAGGAAAACAAGUGAGGACACUGGUUUUACCUCCAGGAAACAUGAAAAAUAAUCCAAAUCCAUCAACCUUCUUAUUAAUGUCAUUUCUUCCUGAGGAAGGAAGAUUUGAUGUUGUGAAAUAACAUUCGUUACUGUUGUGAAAAUCUGUCAUGAGCAUUUGUUUAAUAAGCAUACCAUUGAAACAUGCCACUUGAAGAUUUCUCUGA